CGACGACGCCGACGACGGCGACAAUAACGACGGGGUACGUGCGAAACGAUGCGUGGGUGCUCGAGCUGAUGCUGGAAGGCGCCGAGCAGGCCGUCGCCAAGCGAGAAAGAGAGAGAGGUAGGGAGAGCGCGCCAACAGAGGAGUGGCACGGUGAGGCGCGGAGAGAAGUGGAUAAAAGUGGAGAGGAGCUUGGCCUUGAGCCGACUGAGCCCCGAGCAAGGGACACGCGAUCGAAGGAGAGGGCGCCGUCGAACGGCACCCAUGAUAACCCAUGAGAGAGCGCAGCAAGUCGACAAGCGGCGUAGUGAUGUGCAACAACGUGGACUCGCACUCCAAAUACCUGAAGGAGUUUCGCGUAGAGCAAUGUCCGCUCUUCAUCCAGCGCAAGUGUACCCACCACCGGCCUUUCACCUGCUUCAACUGGCACUUUAUGAACCAGCGUAGGCGCCGACCAGCUAGAAAACGCGACCGCACCUUCAAUUAUAGCGCUGACAAUUAUUGCACCAAAUAUGACGAGACGACCGGCAUCUGUCCAGAUGGAGACGAAUGUCCGAAUCUGCAUCGCACGGCAGGCGACACCGAGAGGCGCUAUCACCUGCGUUACUACAAAACAUGUAUGUGCGUUCACGAUACAGACGCACGAGGCUUUUGCGUAAAAAAUGGACCCCAUUGCGCGUUUGCACAUGGUAACCACGACCUCAGACCCCCGGUCUAUGAUAUCAAAGAGAUUCAGGCAAUGGAAAAUCCAGACCUUGACCCAAACUCUACUAGUAAUGGGCCCAACAUUCUCGAUAAAGAGCGCAAUCUCAUGAACGAGGAUCCCAAAUGGCAAGAUACCACUUAUGUCCUUAGUAAUUACAAGACCGAGCCCUGUAAGCGACCACCAAGGCUCUGCCGACAAGGAUACGCCUGUCCGCAGUACCACAAUAAUAAGGACAAAAGAAGGAGUCCCAGAAAGUACAAGUAUCGUUCUACACCCUGCCCGAAUGUCAAACACGGCGAGGAGUGGGGUGAACCAGGCAAUUGCGAUCAAGGCGAUAACUGUGUUUAUUGUCAUACGCGUACUGAGCAGCAAUUUCAUCCAGAGAUUUACAAGUCGACCAAAUGCAAUGAUGUACAGCAAGCGGGAUAUUGUCCACGAGGAGUCUUCUGUGCAUUCGCGCACGUUGAUCUCUUACCAACAGAAGAAAUGAAUUUAGCACGAGAUCUGGUCUCAGUGCCUUUGGAUUGCACAAAUUUGGUAGAUUUACUUAGCAAUGCUUUGCCGUCUGAUAAACGAUCACAUGAUAAAGAUAAGACUCUUAGUGAUAGCAAUUUGACUAUAUUACAGAAUGGUAGUGGAGAAAUUUCCGAGUCUGCUAGUACAAGCAGCCUUGGUAGUAAUGGUUCACAUAGUAAAGCUCCAGGAGCUCAGCUUCAUCACAAUUCUACAUUACAACAAAAACUUACAACCUUUUUUUGUAAUCCUACUCUACUUCAAGCUAGUGAAGCACGUAAGCAAAUAAUAGCGAUUGAUGGUGACCCUUUACUAACUAAGACUGAAAAAACACAGAAGAAGAAGAAUCUAUAUGUUGCAUAUAAUUUAAAUUCAUUAGCACCGCGACCAACUAUAUCGUCGCCCCUUUCAGCAUCUUUUUAUCAUAAUGAUACUGUUGAAUCUGUCGUUGGAAGUGCUUUAGAUGAUUUACAUCUUGAUGAUCCACUUGGUUUAGUUGAUUCUAUACAUAGAGAUACAAAUUCUCCUAUUAGUAAUUCUAUAUCAGCUAGUUUAGCAAAUUCUGGAUUACUCUGUAGUUCAGCACCAGUGAAUAUUCCUGGAAUGGCUGAGCGCUCGGUUCUUUCAAAUUUUUCACCAUCAACAUCAAGUCCUCUUCAACCUCUACAAACAGCAAGUAAUUUUCUUACUACAGGUUCUAGAUUUUCCCAUCAAGAUUCAAUUGAAUCAUCGAUGUCAUCAUUUAUAAAUCAAGUAUCAGAUCCAUUUAGCAAUCACAUAUCACAAAGUACUUCUGCGUCGAAACUUGGUGCAUUUAACAAUAGUCUAUUUGACUUCUCCACUAAUCAAGGAAUGUCUCCAUCAUCGCGCGUUCAACCGCUUGCAGCAUCACCAUUAGUUAAUGCUUUUUCAAUUAGUCCGAGUAAUAAUACAACGGGGUCGUUGUCUGAACUGCAGGUGCAAAGGUUGAGAGAAGAAUUGACAUCUAGUCGCGCACAAUUGGCCACUUGGGAUGAACGAAUCAAUCAAGCACGAGCUGCUUGUACUGCGUGGCAAUUGGAGUGUGAAGAAUCUAAAAGAAAAGCUGCCCUAGCGGAACAACAAAGAGACGAGGCUCUAUUACAAUUAAAAGCUCUAAAGGUUGAAAAUGACGCAACAAAUGGCAGCGGUCCAUUUCUUAGUACACUUGGAAGAGCUAGUGAUCUCAAAUCAUUAUCAAUAACUGCUUUAAAGUCAAUGCAAUCACAACUUAGAUCAGACCUUGAAGAAAUAGAACAGGUGCUAUACAGGGAAACGGCAACAAAAUGUAUGGUUUGUGAAGAGCAAAAUCGCACUGUCACUCUAUCACCGUGCAAUCAUUAUGUGGUUUGUUCAACUUGUGCACCCAAUCAACAUGAAUGUCCGUACUGCCAGACUCCGGUCGUCUCCACAAGUUAGGUCUUAAUACUUGGCAAACGGUUUAUUUUAUCAUUACUAUUAUCAUCAUCAUUAUUAUUAUUAUUAACUUCAAACAAAUUCAAAGAGAAAAGAUCGUCGUGUGCGUUAUUAUUAUAGAUUCUAAAAAGAGCUUUCAGAGCAAAUAACAUCAUCAUUUUAUUAACAAAAAAAUCAAAGUUGAAAAAUGAUAUGGACAUUGUUUUUAUA